CAUAUCGUAAGCUGUCGCGCAGUACGCUUUACCGUCGUCCGAUCCCAAAUCUCGAUGUCUUGACUUUUGAUUCUUGAAGUGUCAAACGUUGUGUACCAUAUCGUAAUACACCAAAAAUUGUGAUUUCCGGCUAGGGUUUUUUUUUUGCGUUUUGUUUUGAUCGAAUUUGAGUGAUAUUACCGCAGUUGUGUACUUGUGUUCGUCAUGUUCUAGAUUUCUCGUUCGAUUUCCGUCGUCGAGGAUUUUCGACUCUUGUCGCUAAUCUUUUCUCGAAAAACCGUCAUCGUGCCAAAAUGGAGGCGGUCAAAGCUUUUACGUUUGAGCUUUAUUCCAUUAUGGAGAUGAAGCCACCUAUAUCAAAAGCAAAAAUGACUGCGAUUACUCGAAAUGCUAUCAAAGCCAUCAAGUUAUAUAAACAUGUUGUUCAAUGUGUAGAAAAAUUUAUACAAAAGUGCAAACCUGAGUAUAAAAUACCAGGUUUAUAUGUAAUUGAUUCAAUUGUAAGGCAAUCAAGGCAUCAAUUUGGAAAUGACAAAGAUGUAUUUGCUCCUAGAUUUGCACGUAAUCUCAAACAGACUUUUACACACUUAUUUGCUUGUCCAGAAGAAGAUAAAAGUAAAGUAAUUCGAGUAUUAAAUUUAUGGCAAAAGAAUGCUGUAUUUACCACUGAUAUCAUUCAACCUAUUUUUGAUUUGGCUGCCAAUCCUGAUUAUGGCGAACAUUCUCAAACAAAUCCAUUAUCAUCAAUGGACAAUAGUCCAAAAAUAAGUGUUAAGACAGAUCUUUUUAAAAGUCAAGAAAAUACCCCUGUUAAAGAUGACAUGUCUAAACAUUUUGACACUCUACAGUCACAGAGUUUAGAAACUGAUAGUAAACCAAUAGAUCCAGCUAUACUUGAACAUAUACAAGCUAUUCAAUCAUUGUUGAAGAAACAACCAGGCCAUAUGCAACAGUCAUCAACAUCUCCUCAAGUAAAAAAAUCUGAUGCAGUGAAAUUGUUUGAUAAAAAAAUUCUUGAUUAUGAUUAUGGUGAUGAUGAAGAUGAAAUGCUUAAUCAAUCUCCAGUAUUCCAACAACAGCAACAUCAAAGUACUGCCAUUGAAGGAAUUGACAGCCUAUUGAAUAACCCAGAAGUUCUGCGCACAUUGCGCAAUGUCGAAGGGUUAAUGUCUUCACAGUCUAAACAGCAAGCAGAGUUGGACAAGAUAAAAGAAAUGAGAAAAGAAGCKGAAUUUGACAAGCAUCUUGCUCAGACUGUUCAGAAUUUACCAUUUGCUUCUGAAUGUGAAUUAAAACCAGCUCCUUUGAUCCCCCAAGCACCUGGUGGAAUGUUGUCAAACCCAUAUAUAAAUCAAUUGUUCAAUGCACAAGUAUAUCAACAACAACAACCUUUGAUGUCAUCAGAACAUCAUCAUAAACCUUUAACCCAGAUUAUUUAUGAUGAUCCAAACCAAUCAAAACCUGAAGUAAUAGAUCUAGAUCAUAUUGCAUCACCUCCUCAGAAUAAACGAGAAUCAAGGCGAGAUGGUUAUUCAUCAGGUCCAUCUCGAAAAAGAUCUCCUAGGAAGAGUAGUCGUGAACGCCAACGCGAACGAGAAAAGGAACGAGAAAGAGAUAGAGAAAGAAGAAAAAAAUAUCUACCUCCAUUAAAAAAAAAUCAUUUAGCUGUUGUAAGCACUACUCUUUGGGUGGGACAUUUAUCAAAACUCAUACACCAAGAUGAUUUAUAUGGAUUAUUUCAACCAAUUGGUGACAUAGUUUCAUUAAAUUUAAUAUCACCUAGAGGGUGUGCUUUUUUGUGUAUGAACCGAAGACAAGAUGCUGCUCGUAUUAUGAGUAAAUAUCAAGGAGAAAGAUUACAAGGGAAACCUAUGACGAUUGCUUGGGCUCCGGGUCAAGCAAUGAAAGAUAAAGAAUGGAAAGAUUAUUGGGAAAUUGAUGAUGGAGUUUCAUAUAUACCUUGGGAGAAAUUAAAUAAGGAAAUAGACUAUGAUGAGUUGGAAGUUGGAGGAAUGUUAGAUGAAGAUACAAUGCCUGAAUGGCUUAAAACUCAUUUAAAAAACUUGCGCACAUCAAAGAAAAAUGAGAAAAAAGAAGAAGAAAAAUUAACUGAAGGAAGUCAGCAGCCGUUAAAUACAUCUAACUUUUUUGAUCCACAAGGUGUUCAAUCUCCUAGUGUUCAAAAUAUGCAAAUGUCUCCUGCUCAGAACAGUCAGCCAAGUCAGAUGAAUUUCAAUAUGCCACAAACAAUGAGCAUGCCUAAUCCUUUCGGAAUCAAUCCUAGAUUGAUUAAUCCAAUGAUGAAUCCUAUGAUGCCUGGAACUAUGCCUCCAAUGGGGAUGGGUCACCCUUCUAUGAUGAUGAUGAAUAGAAUGCCAUCACCGUUUGGACCUCCGCCAAACAUGAACAUGAUGGGAAACCCUCAACAAAUGACAAUGUCUAAUGAUGCACAAAAACCACUUGGCGUACCUCCAGAUAUGAUGAUGUCUUUUCCUUUUGGUAUGAAUCUACCAUCUCAAACUGCAGCUAUUUCUUCUGCUCCGACAAUGAUGGGGAUGAAUCCUCCCACUGUCACAUCCGGAACUAGUUCUGCUCCUACACUUACUCAAAAUACAAGUCAAAAGGAUAAUCUUAACACAACAAAUCCUCCAAAUCAGUUAGACCCAUCAACCCUUAUGCAAUUUAAUUUACCUCCUCCUCCGAAACUUCCAAAUUUAAAUGAUUUUGCACGAAUUGGAAGUAAUACAAAUAUUGGUAAUGAUAAAUAUGAUCCUAAUGCAUUAGGCAACUCUGAUCAGGAAGAUUCUAAAGAUUCUGAUAGAAAUAAUGAACGAGGUGGCAGAAUUCAUGGACUAGAUCAUAGGAAUCGUAAUUUCGACAAUAGAGAAAGAAUUGAUAGAUUUUCAGAUAGAGAUAUUAAAAAUGAUCGUGGGCGAAGAGAUGAUUUGUCUCAAAGACAAGAUCCAAGAAAUCGUAUUAAAGGGCCUGAACAAAGAGAAAGAAAAUCAUCACGCUGGGGUGAUAAAGUUAAUGAAGAAGUUGACAAUACAAAUAACAUUGGUAGGUUAUCAGUAAAAGAAGGAUUAGGAAUAGCUCAAGCUCCUAAUAUAGCACAGAUAGAUACUGUGAAAGAUAUUUUGAUACAAAAUAAUUCUUUGCAUCAAAUCCUUGAACAUGUGAUUCAAGACAACAUAGGUAAUCCUCCAUUCCAACCUGGCAUGUUUGGGCCUAACAAUGGACCACUUCCCAAUCAAAUGUUCAAUAUGCCCCCUCAAAAUUUUCCACAAGGACUAGGGCAAGAUGGUCCAAGACCACUUAUGGACAAUGGUAAUAUGAGAGGACGAGGAGGAUGGAAUCGUGGAGGCCGUGGAGGAUUUAGAGGUCGUGGAGGAUUUAACCCACCUAACUGGGAUAAUAACAAUUGUCCACCCAAUUGGGAUGCCAACAAUGGACCUAAUUGGGAUAAUAAUGGACCGCCCCCUGUUUGGCAGAACCAAAGUAUGAAUAGAGGAGGUAUGAUGGGAAGAGGUAAUUUAAGACCGCCAUUAAUGCAGAAUUUAAUGGGCCGUGGCCGAGAUAAUUGGAUGGACAAUAAUGUACCUGCUAAUAGAGGAAGUCGUGAUUCAGAUAAUUGGGUUGGUCGAGGAAGUGGUCGUGAAACAGAUAAAUGGGGAAGUCGAGGAGGUAGUCGUGAUUCAGAUGGAUGGGGUGGUCGUGGUAGACUCUCUCCAUGGAGAGGUAAUAGUAAUCGACGACGAAAUGAAGAUUGGGAAGGACCUAAUCAACAAAAGCGUUGGAGACGUGAUGAUAACCCAGAAUGGGAUGAACAACAAAAACCAUGGAAACGUGGAACAAUAAAUGAAGAAGAAGAAUGGCAAAACAAUAAACAAGGAUCACAGUGGACUCCUGGCAAAAAAGAUGAAACUAACUAUACAAAGUUAAAAAAUCGGGAUAACAAUGAUGAACGUUCUAGAAAACCAAGCAAAUGGGGUGAUAAAGAGUCUGAUAAUAGUACUAAAGAAGAUCGUUGGAACAGAAAAUCUGUAGAGCAAACUUCAUCCAGAGAUGAAUCAACUACGGAAGAAGGUCCUCAUCAAACGAGUGCUCCAAUGGAUUUAGAAAACUAUGAAGGUGAAGCUGUUGAUAAUAUUGAACAACAUCAUGGAGUCCACGAACAAGAAACUUUAUGUACAGACAUGAUAUUUAAACAACAAGAUGAAUUUAAGAACAAAGAACAUCAAAAUGAGAUUCAGGAACACCAUGACGUGGGUGUUUAUGAUGCUGAAUCAAAUAACGAAAAUAAGAAGAAUGUUGAAGAAAAUAUUGAUGUGCAAUGUAAUAAUAAAGAUCAACAAUUUGAAGAUUAUCAAAACGAUUUUACCAAUAAUUCACAAGAAUUGUCCCACGACAAUAUUAAAGACACACAGCAAAAUUCACAAAACCUACCCCUAGGCAACAUUGAACAGCAACAUAUAGAAGAAAAACAUCAUGAGUAUCAACCUCAAGAAGAAUAUCAAAGAGAUUCUAAGGACAAUUUUAAUUCCCAACAAGUAAAUGAAAUGAGCCAAAACAAUGAAGAGUUUGAACAAAAUGUACAAUUCAACUCUGAUUGUAGUAAUACUUAUGAAAAUGACCAAUCUAAUAACCACCAAUCUUUUAAUGAAGAAUCUUUUAACAAUUCAAAUCACGAGGAGCAUUGUUCAAUCAACACGUUUGCAUCUCAAGUAGAUGAUGUUAAUCAAGAUAUGAAUAUGGAAGAAAAAUGUCGUGAAACUCAUAAUGACUUUUAUUUUGGAGCAGAUAUGGAACAACAGAAUAAUGAGAUUUUUUCAAAUGAAGAAACAAGUAAUGUUCCUCCAGAUAAUAAUGAAAUAAGUGAUAUCAACACAGCAGAGUUAAAUCAAAGUUAAAGCACUUUACCUUUUCAACAUUUUAUCAAAAAUAUUCCAAAGUUUUUAUGAGUUAAUUAUUGUAAUAUUGUAUAUUCCAUUUCAUUUGCAAUUGGUCUAAUGAAGAAUGAUGAUAUAAUAAAUUGCCUAUUAUAUUUUAUUAGACACUUUUUACUUUAUUUUAUAAUUAUUUUU